GCGCUUUCAUCACAUCGUUCCCCAUCCACCAUGCCUGUCCCCAAGUUUACCGUUCUCCCUUCAUCGCAGCUGGCCAUGACCGGGCUGCGCCCUCCCAAGACCUAUACCAAAUUCGCGGACCUGAAGACAGCCAUCCUCGCCAAAGCCGAACAGCUGCAGACCCGCGAUGUUACCCAGUACCUAUCGUACAAGCAUGUCUCGGCGGAAACCUUCAGCUACAUCGAGACGCACCGGGAUGCGCUCGGCGGAAAAGUGGCCUUAACAUACUUCCCGGACAUCUCCACCAUGCUCGUCAAAGUCCCGACUCCAGAGCACGAAUCCGUCCACACCAACGUCGCGGAAGAAGUCAACCUCCAAUGCCGGAGUAUGCGCAUCACUCGCGACGAGUUCCUGUCCCUCGGAGCCACUAAGUACGUAGGCCCCACGGCGUCGGCAAAAGAAGCCGAUGCGUCGUGGAUCAAUCCCACCUUACGACCACAGUUUGACUGGCCCCUUCUGGUGAUUGAGGCCGGGGUCUCCGAGUCGAUGCCUCGGUUGCGACAAGAUUUUGCCUGGUGGAUCUCCCAUUCGGGUGGUCAAGUCCAUAUCGUCCUUGUGAUUAAGGUGACUAGGACCACCAAGACGGUUGUCCUCGAAAAGUACAUCCCCAAACAGGCGGUCUAUCCCAGAACUCGCGCGCGCGCUGCCCUUCCCCCGGUUUAUGUCCCUGACCGUGUCUCCAUCACCACGGUGGAUCAUGGGGUUAGUCCCCCCACGGUGGAGGGGGAUCGGGUCAUCUUGGAGUUUGAAAGAGUGAUUGGGCGACCCCCCGUGCCGCCGGAGCGGGACAUCGAUCUGACCCCGGCCAUUCUCAUUGAUGCUACUCGGUUCGUGUUUCGGCGCUGAGUAUAUACCAGGGAGAUUGGAUGGGAUGGUGGUCAUGCUGAAUACUUUUGGAUGCAGGUUGUAAUCAUUGCGGUUUUAGGAAUGACACUGAGGGGUCUCGUCUGACCUGCCGAGUACGCAGUGCCUAGAUCCAAAGUCUAGAGUAUAGGUGUCAAGCGAGGCAUAUCUCAGCCCCCAGCCCUUCAAACAUCUGCAGAGGACAUAACGGAGAUGCACCGCUUAUACAUCUGCUGACGAGCAUGCCUCUCAAGACGGGUGCCCCAUCACGCGAUUAUCCGAUUAGCGGUGGGAUAUAUAUUUUCCAGUAGACUAAAAUGGUGAGAUUCUCC